UACAAAGUUGGUAUUAAUUACUGAAGGAUUCAUACCAUGUCGUCACCAUCUGUUGUCCUCUACUAAUAAUAAUAAUCAUCCAGCAGUCUGCGCCCCAAUGAGAGAUGAGAGGCUACGUACUUUUUCCAUUCUGUUGAAAGGGGCUUAGUAACUUGUCCCUCCCACCCGGCGCUUCCGCAACAAAAUGAGCCUGACCUCUUAUAUCUAUUACCCAUAAUCCUCCUACUCUUCCUUCUCUACCUAAUUACUUCUACUUCGUGGAGGCUUACCUAUACCCUCUCACUUUCACUCCAGGUUCCCUUCUUCACCACCACGUUUCUCUGACAUUCCUCAACCUCCAGGCGACUCCACGCGCAAGCGCUGCAUCCUGCAUUCCAGCCCUAUCAAGCCUCAAUCAAGAGAAAUUGCGCGCAGAGAGCACAGGCCAUCAUGGCACCCUCCCUUGGCCUCCUCGACCUCCCACGACCAAAAACGUUCUUGCGUUCCAUGUCCUUGCGCACCGGCGCCGAGAUCAUCACUUUCCUCCAGGUCAUCAACAAGGUCUCCGGUCUCUAUGGCAUGCUCGCUCUCCUGACCGGAGCGCACCUCUCUGGCCUCCAACUGUCCAUGUACCUUUAUUCGACCAUUGUCCUCGUCCUCACCGUAUUCCUUUACAAGCACAUCAGAAUCCAGAGCCCCUUCGAGACUCUGGUUCUUGCCCACGUCUAUGCGCUCGACUCGGUAGUUAACGCCUGCUACACUGCUUUCUUUGGCCUCGCAUGGUUCUACGUCCUCGCACAACACCCCGAAACCGCUGGAACACCCGGUGCCGCAGGAAUUUCUGAGAAUGCCGGCUUCACGAGCCCCAAGUACAACGUCUCUAAGGUCGACAUCGUCGCCGAGCCCGCAGGUGGAUUGCAGCCAGGACAGAACGCCGUCGCUGUUGGACAGCCCGCCGCCAAUGCCGGCCUCGGAAACGCCAUCUUCCAGAGCGGAAGCAUUAUGAGUGUCUCGCUCAUCGCCGGAUUCUGGGCCCUCAGGGUGUACUUCGUCUUCAUCAUGCUCGCUUUCGCGCGCCAGUGCUUGCGCCAACACAUCGCCACCAAUUCCUCAUCCGCCGCCUGGCAAUCCACUCAGCCCAGCAAUCUCGCCGAGAACCCAUUCGAGGAGGGUAAAGAGGAGGGCGAGGGAUACAAGGGCAAGAUCGGCAGACUCAUGAUGAAGUGCGCUCCCACGUACUGGCUCGGCGCUGAUGAGGGAGAGGAUUGGAUGCGUGGCGUCGGCGGAAAGUUCAGGAAGAACAUCAGCCUCAACCCUGCACCCGUAGGCGUGAACGAGCGCGAGAGGAGACGCAGGAGCGGAACCGGCCCACCAGCUCCUCCACGAGAACUCGUCGCACCACAGUUGGCGGAUCUCCAAGAAGUGAGGUAGAAGAAGUUUUGCAUAUCAUCGCUACGAAUCUUCAUCUAUUCCAUCUUGAUUGCGGACGCUUUCGUCUUGUCGUCCGCAAAUUUGUGUGCUUGGGCAUCUCAAGGGCGUCUAAUCAAUAUAGCGUUGAAUAUCGCGUUGACUAAACUCAUUUCUCGAGGGGAGCAAGCAAUUGAGCUUGCGGAGUGGUGGCCUAGAAAUACGAUCUAAUAAUGGGAAUGGUCUACAAUGUAUUAUAAACAUCGACGGCGAGGAUAUCCAGCAUUUUUGGGACUCUGGAGUUCAACAGGAGCAGUAGAACAGGACCAUGGUGUGUCCUUUCGUUUUUACUUGCCUAAUAGCACAGUGUAGCGUUUUCCUGCUCAUAACUUAUUUACUACCAUAUCCAAUC